AUGCCUAGGACCGAAUGGUCCGUGUGCGACAAGCCCUGCACCGGAGUGCGCGAAAGAGCCCGUGGAAUCAAGGUUCAUCCGGAGAACGGUGGGGUGCCAUGCGGCUCCGAGGGGCAGGCCACCAGCCUUUCGGAAAUGGAGCAUUGUCCUCCACAGCCAGGCGAGACCUGCGUUGUUCCGGAGCCAGAUGGAUGCUCGAUCGGUGACUGGUCAGAUUGGUCCGAGUGUUCUGCGACCUGCGAUGGUGGCCAAAAGUCCCGAAGCCGGGAGGCUUCGGCAGGCGCCGAUGGAUCCUGGUAUCCGUGCAAGGGCGAGCUGAAGCAGACGAGUCCUUGCGCUGCAGACGCCUGUGGUGCAAAGGAGGACUGCACGUAUGAGGACUGGACAAACUGGGGAAAUUGCACCAAGUGUGGUGGCCAGGCAUUUCGAUCACGCUCCAUUCAGUCACAGCCUGCGUACGGCGGCGCCGAAUGCCAAGCAUCUGAAACCAUGCAGACCAAAAGGUGCCCCCGAGAGUGUGGACCACACCUAUACUGGUGUGUGUGGAGUGACUGGGCGUCCUGGUCAGCCUGCACUGAGGACUGCGGCGUUGGAAUCCACUUCCGGAAGCGGUUGCUGACUAUGACGGACACCCAGCCAGCGAACCCGCUCGCAGUGGCAUCCUCGGAGAAGGACUGUGCUGGUGAAUUGGUCGAUAUCGAGCAGUGCCCAGACCUGCCCGAAUGCGAGAGCUGCGUACCACAGGAUUGCGUUUUGGGCGAGUGGUCGGAGUGGAGUUCACCGCGCUGCGAGGGCAUUUGCACUCGAAGUCGUGGAGUUGCGACUCCGAGCAACGAGUGUGGCAAGCCAUGCGAGGGGUCUUUGAAUGGCACGAAGCCUUGUCACGCCGACUGCCACAGCGAGGACUGCCAACUGGGAACUUGGACCGCCUGGACCGGGUGCAGCUCCCUGCUGGACAACAAGUAUCGUGCGCGGUUGAUCACCACUUCUGGAGCCUUCGGUGGCAAGGUUUGCUCCCUCAGCUCACUCAAUGAGACGUCAUCUUGCCAGACAGGGGCGGGUGCUCCGGUUGAUUGCGUUCUGGCUGCAUGGUCAUCUUGGGGACCCUGCUCAAAAACGUGCGGUGCUGGCCAGCAGUCUCGAUCGAGAUCGGUGGCAAGUCAGGCUUCGCGUGGUGGGCGGGCCUGCAUCGGAAGCCUGAGCGAGCUGCAGCGCUGCGAAGUUGAAGCGUGCCCAGCUGUCCCUGCCAAUCUUGCAGAUUGUCAGUGGGGCGCAUGGUCCGUGUGGCAAGACUGCCAUGGUGGCCAACAGGUCAGGACUCGCACGGUGAUCCAUCCUGCCCAAGCAGGCGGCGAAGCUUGCGAGGGCCCCGUGGAGGAGACGAAAAGUUGCGGACAGGAGCUUGCCGGAUCUCAAGACUGUGUGUUCUCUCUCUGGAAUGAGUGGAGCUUGUGCUCAAAGACAUGCGGUGGAGGGCAGAGUUCGCGGUCUCGCGUGAUUGACUCGCAUGCUCGCGAAGAUGGAGAGCAAUGUGCUGGAACCCUCCUGGAAGUAAAGCCCUGCGCCAUGGACUCCUGCGCAGAUGCUGCAGAUACUAUGUGCACCUACACGGACUGGACAAGCUGGGGGGCGUGUACGCGGUCUUGUGGAGGAGGCUACAAGGAGAGGUCGCGGGACAUCCGAGUUCCAGCCGUCACAGGUUUGAGCGGCUGCAGUGGCACGCUGAAAGAGACGAUGCCAUGCGCGUCGACUCCGUGCCAAAAUGCCGUGGACUGUGUCUGGGCCGAGUGGGAGGAGUGGUCGGAGUGUGAAAAGGCACCCUCCAUGUGCGGCGUUGGAUCUAAACGCCGCAAGCGCAGCAUCGCCGUGAUGCCUGCGAACGGCGGGGCUCUCUGCGACCCCAGGCCGUUGGAGCAGGUGAUGCCGGUCAGCAAUUGCCAGGGGCAGGCCCCAUGUUGCAUUGAUGGCGUGUGGCAAGACUGGCAAGCCUGGGGAGAGUGCAGUGCGCACCGCGGCACUGGAACCCGCAAGAGGGUGCGAACAGCCACGCAGGAGACUUUCUGUGGCAAGCCUCCUGCGGGCACUAGUACGGAGUACGAAGAAUGCUCUGCAGUUGAUGUCGACUGCGAAUUUGGCGAGUGGACGCCUUUCUCGGCUUGCUCUGCUGCCUGCUAUGGACAACAGCGUAGCGCUCGCCAAAUUCUCCGGAACAGUUCAGGCAGUGGCAAUCCUUGCGCUGGGGCCGUGGAGAAGGCUGUUCGGUGCAACCCAGCUGAGGGAGAAGCUGCACCUGACAGUUGCCAGAGCCACCAAGCCAGCGGUGUUCAGAACUGUGUGAUGAGCCACUGGUCCGAGUGGACUUCCUGUACAGCAACAUGCGAGAGAGGUUUCUCCACGCGCUCGAGGUAUGUAGAGGUCAAUCCUCAAAACGGCGGGGAUUCGUGUCCCACCAGCGUCAAGGAGAUGAAACUUUGCAAUGAUGGCGUCAGCUGCUUCCAAGGGCGUGUUGACUGUGUUUGGGAGGAAUGGACAGCAUGGAGCGUGUGUGAUGCUUUCGAUCUUGCGACGCGCAGUCGUGGUUAUGCUCGUCAUGCUGAAUCCGGUGGUCUUGACUGUUCCGGACCCAUCCGGGAAGUCAAGGGCUGCAGCAGUGACGGAGGGAGCUCUUGCUCAGUUUCGUGGUACAACUGCUCCUGGAGUCACUGGUCAGCUUGGUCAGCCUGUUCAGCUACGUGUGGACGCGGAGGGGUGCAAGCUCGCAAGCGUCAAUUGCAGGUGGGUCAUAGUUCCGUGGAUGCACCGGCAGCUGGCCUCGUCGUGAGUUCGUCAGGGCCGAGGAGGGAACCGGGCAGUGCAUCAAUCGCUUCCGAGCACCAGCUUGGGCCGACGGAAGUUGUGGACUUCAAUUGUGCCGAGAACAUGAACUGGCAGGAUGAUUGGCCUCACGAUGUGAAAGCCUACUGCUGUGAAAGGGGGAUCUGCGAGGGCCAGGCGGCUGCUGCUCCAAGCACGCUGAGCGCCGAAUACUUGCCCAGUGACGACCCUGUCUUGGAGGAGAUGUCACCUUCGGACACUGUCAUCCGGUACGACCGGCAUGGCCUGUCCUCGCUCAAGGAGCAGGUGAGAGCUGCAGAGGCCCGACACCACAGGGACCGCUUGCUUGCCUUCAUCCUAGGCAGCGGAUGUCUCCUCAGCGGAUUAAUUCUUAGCAGAGUCUUUUCCACCAGCAGAUCCACUGCUGAAGUGCUUCCAAGGUACGACGCCGUACAUCAGAUUCUUUGA